AUGUCUGGCAGAGGCAAAGGUAUUCGUGGGCUUGGCAAAGGCGGGGCUACGCGUCAUUCUCGUCGUCUUCUGGAUAGUGAUGAUGCAUUCAAGGAUAAAUUGAAGACAGGAGCUAUUAAGAAAUUAGCUAGAAUAGCUGGUAUCAAAAGGAUUGGUCGUAACGUUUAUGAUUCCACUCGCGAUGUUGAACGCGAUGUUCUCUUCGCACUCUUACUAAACGUGGUGCCUCCGAGGAUGUCACUGUUGACGAGUACGACGGUAUUUACAAGAGGAGAAAUGCUCAAUACAAUUCCCUAG